AUGUUUCUCGUUCUUUGUUUCUUUUUCCCACACAGUCACUUUAACUGUAUAUUUAUUUUUCUUUGUUUCUUUUUCUUUAUUUAUUUCAAUUUUUUCUUCUUUCUAUACACUUCGCAAUUUCUCAUCAUAUUUGUUUGUUUUUUUUCUUUCUUUUAUAUUCUUUCUUUCUUUUUCUUAAUCUAUGAGUCUUUUUCUUUCCUUGUCAAUCACUCUUUCGCUUUCUUUUACACUUUUCAUUCUUCCUUUCUUUUCGUUUCUUUUUUUCUUUUUCUUUCACUUUUUCUUUUGUUUCCACCUUCAUUUCUUCUUUGUUUUCUCUUCUUCUUAAUUCUUCUCUUUCUUUUUCAAUUUUACUUUCUUAACCCCCUUUCCCUCUUUCUUUCUUUCUUUCUUUCUUUCUUUUUAAAUUUCUCUUUAAUGCUCCCUUUUUUGUUUUUCAAUUUACUACCCGCGCUUACUGAGUUUCUCCCACUCUCUCUUUCAUUCUCUCUCUCACUCUCUCACUCUCUCUUUCACUCACACUCUCUCAUUCUCUCUUUCAUUCUCUCUCUCACUCUCCCUUUCACUCUCUCUCACAGUCUCUUUUUUCAUUUUCUCUUUCUCUUUCACUCACUCCACUUUUUCUCUCUUUCACUCCAUCUUUCCAUCUCUCUCUUUAACUCACUUUCCCUCAUUCUCUCUUUCACUAUUUCACGCUCUUUUUCACUCCAACUCACUCUCUCUUGCAUUUUCUCUCUCUUCCUCUCUCACUGUCCCACUCUGUUUCACUAUCACUCACUCAUUCUCUCUUGCACUCCCUCUCUUCCUCUCUUACUGUCCCACUCUCUUGCACUCUCUCUCUCUCUUCCUCUCUCACUGACCCACUCUCUUUCACUAUCACUCACUCACUCUUACACUCUCUCUUUAACUCGCUCUCUCUCAUUCUCUCUUUCACUAUGUCUCACUCUCUCACACUCUCUCUUUCAAUCUCUUUUUCACACUCUCUUUCUUUCUCAUUGGCCCACUCUCUCUUUCACUCCCUCUCUCUCCCUUUAUCUCACUGGCCCACUCUAUCUUUCACUCCCUCUCUCUCCCUCUAUCUCACUCACUCUUUCACUCCCUCUUUCACUCGCUCUUUCAUUCCCUGUCACUCUCUUUCACUCUCUCUUCACACUGUCUUUGCCUUUCAUUCUUCAGCUCUCUCUCUCUUUCGUAUUUACUCUUUCUUCAACUUUCUUUCUUUCUUCGAUUUAUUUUCUCCAUUUUUCUUGUUAUUUUUUUUCACCUUUUCUCCCUUUUUGUCCGUUUUCUCUUCUCUAUAUGUCUUGCCCUCUUUCUCUUUUAGUCAUUUUAUCUCUUUUUCUCUUUCAAUUUUUCUUUUUAUCUUUCUCUCUCUCCCUCUCUUGUUUCUUGUUUUUCCCUUUCUUUUUCACUGCUUUCCUCUUUGUCUUUUAUUUACCCACCCCCGUUCAUUCAUUUAUCUCUUUCUUUCUUUUUUUACUCUCUCUUUAUUGUCUAUUGUUCGAUCGAGUUUUCUUUCAGUCUGAGAAAGAUGUUCUUUUUGUCCAGACGUUCCCUAUUGACCGCAUAUUCGACCCCGUCCCACCCCAGACAAAGGUUCGAAACGCACGAACUGUUGGCUAA